AUGAGAAAUGUUCAAGACGAAGAUCUUCUAUCGGCGGUUCGUAUGAAGAUGUUCGGUGAGAAGACAAGGCAGUCACAUGAAUGGCAUCCAGCAAAGCAACUCGCGAAACGCUUCAACGUACCCGAUCCAUAUCCAUCGUCGAAUAUCGUUGGCGUACCCUGUCUUCAGAAAACAACCAAAACUGAGACACUGUGGAAUUUGGGUGGUACCGCACAAGAGUUACAAUAUCGAUUGGAGAAGGAGGGGAUAACCAAGCCGGUUGAAGAGGCGAACAAGGGAAUUGUUGAUUCGACAGUACGUGGAGAUCGUUGA